AAAGAACAACAAAGCCACGACGACGACGACGACUCGGGGGGGAAAACAACAGUUGCGCGGCUAAAAUACACCAAAAACCCCGGUGACACCAUCGCUGGUGGGGACAUUUUGUGCCGCUGAAACACUUCUGUGAAGAUUUGACGAUGGGGCGUAUCUUCUUGGAUCACAUUGGCGGAACACGCCUCUUCUCCUGCGCCAACUGUGACACCAUCCUGACCAACAGGUCUGAGCUUAUCUCGACACGUUUCACAGGAGCCACGGGCAGAGCUUUCCUCUUCAACAAGGUGGUGAACCUCCAGUACAGCGAGGUGCAGGACAGAGUGAUGCUUACCGGAAGACACAUGGUGAGGGACGUCAGCUGCAAAAACUGCAACAGUAAGCUGGGCUGGAUCUACGAGUUCGCAACAGAGGACAGUCAACGGUACAAGGAGGGACGGGUCAUCCUGGAAAGAGCGCUGGUUAGGGAGAGUGAGGGCUUUGAGGAGCAUGUCCCCUCAGACAAUUCAUGAGCCCCUAACCCUCAGAUUAACUCCUCUCCCGCUCCUUUAUCCCCUUAUCUCUGCGUUGCGAACCACCACCUGCAGACUUAGUGGUCAGUGAAGUUUUGGCUUCACUCCCCAGACCCACACACCACCCCACCUUCCCUGUCUCUGGCCCAUGACCUUAGACCUCUGCUGAUUACAAGAUUGGUUUGCUGGUUCUAUUCUUGCUGAAUAGGCUCCCUCCUAAAAUACUUCCUGAUUUAUGUGUCACAGGGCACCACCCCAAAACAGCUGGGGACACAGAUAGGGAGUCGUAACUUCACUUGUUUCAAUGUUCGCGCACAGUCACACAGAAUUUUCAACAUCUCUGCACAAGGCAUGCUUCACACUUUUCAUAUGGUAGUUAAACACUUGCAUGAUAAUAGUUACAUAUAUAUAAAAAAAUCACCUGGUUGUUUUGUUUAUUUAGAUAACUGAAGGCAGUAGAGCUGAUUAUGUUCAACAUCCAGACAUGGGCAAAACAACCAGCCCACUCUACACAGUAAUGUUAAAUGAACUGAUGGAUGUGUCACUGUACAAAUUGCUUUCAAGAGGCUUGUGCUUCUGUGUUGUCAACUUUGUCUCAAUGUAUUUGUCACUGUUGAGCACUGAAUGCAAUUAAGAUCAUGAUAGCUGUUCUAUAUCAGUUACCUUUUUAUUAGCUGGUACUUUAAUGAAUGUGUUAGUGUUUCUCAUCCAAAUGAUACCGUAAGUAUCGCACAGAUUGAUGUCAUAUUUAAAUAUUUGUUGUUGUGUUUGAUGACGGUAGGAGUUUUAUUGCGAUCCUGCUCACACGAUGUGCAUUUAUUUUUUCGAUCGACACAUUCUUGUACACAAAGUAGCUGCUCAAGUGUCUCAUUCUUGCAGUUAACGACGUGGAAGUGAUCCCCUGUACAGUCCACGGUCGUACAAUUGAUCCCACAAUUGAAUUCAGUCCUACCACUCUCCAUCUGUUAGCAUGGAUUCUGUGCCUGUGUGAUGUGCCGUGUGAAGAGCAACAUGUCACUUUGGUGACUUGUGAGGAGCGUUUACCUUCCAGCCACGUGUCUUCAGUAUGACGGAGGAUGAAUGUGUCUCAGACAGGAUGGAGACAUUCUCUGGCUGCCUGCUGGCUUAAGGACAGGAUUAUGAGAGGAUGGGUCAUAGCCAAGACUGUUAGACAACGGGAGACAAGCUCCACUGGAAAAAAUAACCUACCAGUUAAUACAUUAUAAUGUUGGAAACAACAGUCUGAAAAUAUGUUUAAAUCAAGCCAGUUACAGCUGACUGCACGUGCUGUCUCCUGCUUUCAGGAUAGUGACCCAUCCUCUUUUUAUAAUCUUUAGGCUCAGGGCAUAUUUGGUCAUAAGAUGACUUAUUUCUUACAACACAAAGCCAAACAAACUUUAAUUAGGCUUUAAAGUUGAGCCUUUGUCCUCUGACUAUGCCAGAGCCUCCAUUUUAUAUCGUCAGUGUCCUGUGAAGAUUUCGAUCAAAAUGUCAAAUUACUAAAAAAAAAAAAAACUCUCUAUCUCCAUGACAUUUGAGGUUAUUUCUUUGGAGUGGCUUGUAAGCACAUCAUUGUGGCCCUGGUGUAACAUUGUGCCAUUUCAGAGAGUGUAUGCCUGCAGGCGUUACCAUACUGGUCUAGCCUUUACUAAUGUUUUUUGCUGCCUUUACAAGGUCAUGCAAGAAAGUGCAAGUUGUCAUUUCUACAACGAAAAGAAAAACUAAAAGAAAUAUAAAUGGUUUUCUACAGGACACUGACACCAUCAAUAUGCCCGAGUCAGUGCAGUGUACAGUCAAUGGCCAUGACAGAAUAUUGUAAGCAUUUUGUUGUUCACUUUUACUAUUUUAUUGAUAGGCCAUUGCUUUUAUUUGCUUUAUUCUAUAUGAUUAUUAUUUUAUUGACCGAUACAUUUAUCUUAUUGUAUAUUUUCUUGAUUGGAGGUUUGCUAAAAAAAUGUUUUUUCCUUGUAUGGCUAUAGCAAGGUUUUCUCUGAUGUGAUUUCUAAAUAAACAUAUAGUCUUGCUGGGUUCAA